AUGGAACGUGAUGGUAUAUGUUGGGAGAUAGUAACGAUCUUACUUGCUGUCCGAGAACGAUCCGUGGAUCAAGCGUGCACAACCCCACGAUCCGGAGCGUGGAACGAUGCAGAAUGCAACAGGGAUCUGACUGGGCAGCCUGUGAUGCAAUCUCCAAAAGCAAGCUCACGCUUUGCUUUCGCUUAUUUCGUUUAUUCGCCUCCUUCCCCGAUUCCUGCAGAGCUAAAGGCUUUACCAGUGAACAUUUUUAAGAUACCUGCGCAGGUAGAUAAAUUGAUUUCCUGGUUGCAUAAUCAACCCCUAAAUGUGCCUUUGGAUAUCCAUGCUGAUAUUUCACAACUGCAAAGUGCGAUAAAUGAAUUUCUGCAAUAUCGUCGAGAAAAUCCUGCGUGGUUAGCAGAACGACUGCAGUUGAUGCAUGAGGGCGGAGAGCCGGAAUUCGAUCCUCACAAUAUUCCUGUUCAAAUUGACCGGCCGGUAUUAACUGUCGAAGAACAAAGGCGUUUAGCAGAAGCAAUGAAUUUGGAACCGCCCGACACAGAUUCAUCAGUGGAGGAUCCACGAUUCGCUUUGAUUGGAUCACCGGAUGAUAGCGACGAUUCGGCUAGU